CCCUGGCGGGGCGGGCAGCAUGGUUCACUCCAGCAUGGGGGCUCCAGAAAUAAGAAUGUCUAAGCCCCUGGAGGCCGAGAAGCAAGGUCUGGACUCCCCGUCAGAGCACACAGACACUGAAAGAAAUGGACCAGACACUAACCAUCAGAACCCCCAGAGUAAGACCUCCCCGUUCUCUGUAUCCCCAACUGGCCCCAGCACCAAGAUCAAGGCUGAAGACCCCAGUGGUGACUCGGCCCCAGCAGCACCCCCACCCCCCCAGCCUGCUCAGCCUCAUCUGCCCCAAGCCCAACUCAUGUUGACGGGCAGCCAGCUAGCUGGGGACAUACAGCAGCUCCUCCAGCUCCAGCAGCUGGUGCUUGUGCCAGGCCACCACCUCCAGCCACCUGCUCAGUUCCUGCUGCCGCAGGCCCAGCAGAGUCAGUCAGGCUUGCUACCAACGCCAAAUCUAUUCCAGCUACCUCAGCAAACCCAGGGAGCUCUUCUGACCUCCCAGCCCCGGGCCGGGCUUCCCACACAGCCCCCCAAAUGCUUGGAGCCACCGUCCCAUCCCGAGGAGCCCAGUGAUCUGGAGGAGCUGGAGCAGUUCGCCCGCACCUUCAAGCAACGCCGCAUCAAGCUGGGCUUCACGCAGGGAGAUGUGGGCCUGGCCAUGGGCAAGCUCUACGGCAACGACUUCAGCCAGACGACCAUUUCCCGCUUUGAGGCCCUCAACCUGAGCUUCAAGAACAUGUGCAAACUCAAGCCCCUCCUGGAGAAGUGGCUCAACGACGCAGAGACUAUGUCCGUGGACUCAAGCCUGCCCAGCCCCAACCAGCUGAGCAGCCCCAGCCUGGGUUUCGACGGGCUGCCCGGCCGGAGACGCAAGAAGAGGACCAGCAUCGAGACAAAUGUCCGCUUCGCCUUAGAGAAGAGUUUUCUAGCGAACCAGAAGCCUACCUCAGAGGAGAUCCUGCUGAUCGCAGAGCAGCUGCACAUGGAGAAGGAAGUGAUCCGCGUCUGGUUCUGCAACCGGCGCCAGAAGGAGAAACGCAUCAACCCCUGCAGCGCCGCCCCCAUGCUGCCCAGCCCUGGGAAGCCUGCCAGCUACAGCCCCCAUCUGGUCACACCCCAAGGGGGCGCGGGGACCUUACCAUUGUCCCAAGCUUCCAGCAGUCUGAGCACAACAGUUACUACCUUAUCCUCAGCUGUGGGGACGCUCCACCCCAGCCGAACAGCCGGAGGGGGCGGGGGCGGGGGCGGGGCUGUGCCCCCCCUCAAUUCCAUCCCCUCUGUCACCCCCCCACCCCCGGCCACCACCAACAGCACAAAUCCCAGCCCUCAAGGCAGCCACUCGGCUAUCGGCUUGUCGGGCCUGAACCCCAGCACGGGAAGCACAAUGGUGGGGUUGAGCUCCGGGCUGAGUCCAGCCCUUAUGAGCAACAACCCUUUGGCCACUAUCCAAGCCCUGGCCUCUGGUGGAACCCUGCCCCUUACCAGCCUUGAUGGCAGCGGGAACCUGGUGCUGGGGGCAGCCGGCGCGGCCCCAGGGAGCCCUGGCCUGGUCACCUCACCACUCUUCUUGAACCACGCUGGGCUGCCCCUGCUCAGUGCCCCGCCUGGCGUGGGCCUGGUCUCGGCAGCAGCUGCGGCUGUGGCAGCCUCCAUCUCCAGCAAGUCGCCUGGCCUCUCUUCCUCCUCCUCUUCAUCCUCGUCCUCCUCCUCCACUUGCAGUGAGGCAGCAGCACAGACCCCUGGAGGCCCAGGGCCUGAGGCAGGGUCCAAGCCUGAGUGAGAGCCCUCUACGCCUCCCCUCCCACUCCUCUCACCCCCACCUCGGUCCCCCGCUGGGAAGAGGGUGAAGAGGCCAGCAGUGGGGCCUAGAGGGUCCUUGGAGCAGGAGUGACAAAGGAGGAAAGACCAAAAAA